AUGGCCUUCAAAAGCGGGUCGUUUGCGACCUUUCUGAUUCUCUGCCCAACAUGCUUCUUCCUGGGCAUCAUCUUCUCGCUCUUCCCCUACGACUACCCAAUCCUGUGGUCCACCGUCCCAACCCCAGCCUCGCACUAUGACUACUUCGAAGCCCACCUCCGCUUCCUGCACGCCUCCCCGCCGCUGAUCCCUCGCAUCCUCCACAUCGUAAUCUUCCUGGGCCUGGCCGGCCUCGUCACAAAACUCUACCGUCCUUCCGAAUCAAACAUGCUCUUCGACGGCGCCUCGCUGGUCCUGUACAUGUGCGGCAUCACCGUCUACAUCGCCAACAUCGUCAAGGGCCUGCGUCUCGCCUCCGCCGGCCAGUACGGCGCCGACCUCGCCUCCAACCCCGAGGAGAAGGACCAGAUCCUCGGCCGGGAGGACUCGCUAAAGGUCCUCGCUGCUAGUAACACGAUCCUGGCGCUGGUCCUUGUCGGUAUCUUGGUCUUGCAGGCUGGGCAGUGGUAUGCUGAGCAUAAGGAUGAGCAGGAGUUCGAGUCGCUUGCGGCGGAUAAGAAGAAGAAGACUGAUUCGUCGGAUGCAAAUGUUGCUGGUGCGCAGGAUGCGCAGACUUCGGCGAGUGCGUCUGGGUCUUCUGCUGCUGCGGCGAAGCCUGGUCGGCAGGGGAGUCAGCGGAAGAAGAGUAAUUGA